UUUUCUCGAUGGUCAGUGCCUGUGAGUUUCUCGUAGGUCAGUGCCGUGGAGUUUUGUUCCCUACCCUCUGGGAUUUUCCGUUAAUUUUAGCAUUAAACCAGGAACCGACGAUCAAAGGAUACCAAAGAUCAAAAGAAUGGUUUGUUUUUAUUUUUAAGUAAAAGUCUCUGAUUACAUAAAAUCAUUCCAAAUCUUACAUGAAAGAUGUCAGAACCAGUUUCAUCAUCUAGCAAACUUGGAAAGAAACCAAAAUGGUGUUUUGUGGACGAUGAGCUUUCUCAGCUUCCAUCUAGAAUGCCUAUGGAUUCAGCUACUGAAUUUAAGAAGAGAAGCUGCAGAGUUUAUUCAGGUUUAUCUUUUUUUAUGGUCGAGAUAGGAUUUUGGUUUUUAGUAAAUGACUGACGUUUGAUCACCUGUUAUUAAAUAUUUGUGGGGAUAGAAUCAAUUUUUCCAAGAAAAAAAAUAUUUUACCCUUAACUGGUUCGAACCUUCCCCUUUUUUUAAGUUAUCCCACUUAACCAAAUGCAGUAAAUUUUUUAUAUUCGAUUUUUCGUGUAAACUUUCAACUAGUGGACUGGUACAAAAGAAAUCCUAAUUUUUUGAAAACUUUUAGGAAGGAAAGGGGGGAGCUAUUUUUAUUUCCUUUUUAGUUUCUCUUGUCCUCAUAACAAUCUAAUCAAAAGGGUCUAUAUUUGGAUAUCUAAUUAAACUAAAAAUAGGUACUAAUUGUAUGUGCAGGGAAAAUUAAUUAGUUCUAUUGUUCUCAGAAAGAUUUAGGAAAUCAGAAAAUCUCAGGAAAAUUACAUAAAAUCAUUUCCUAAUUUUUAGAUCUUACAUGAAAGAUGACAGAACCAGUUCCAUAUAGCAAACUUGGAAAGAAACCAAAAUGGUAUUUUGUGGACGUUGAGCGUUGGCCUUGUGCACCAUGGAGGAUUUGGAUGUGGAGGGUUUUUUUUAUUUUAAAGAGAUUUUUAAUUGAGAGUAGGGGGGUAAUCUUUGCGGCAAAACUUGCGGUGUUUUAAUCGCAAUUCUUAUUAUUUUUUUAUUUAGCUCAAUAAACAUCAGGCUUCUGCAACAAAUGGCAUCAAAUUUCAAACCUUCAAUGUCAACAAACUUCAAACAUCCAUCAUUUGCAAGUUCUGUUCCUCACCAAGGCUGUGCGGCAAAAUUUUCAUGACAGGACAGAGAGUAAAAAAAUUCAUUCAACAGCAAAAUCAACAAUUGCAAAUAGACGACUUUUGUUUACAACAAAUU